AACUGAUCGAACAACUCACACUGCUGCCGGGUAAUUGAGCUUCAGAGCGCAGUUAGAAGAAAACCACCGAGAGGAUGGGGAAGACGAGCCAGAGACGCGCUACACAGAUCCAGGAGAACAAUGUUGGGUGCACCUGGGGCCUCAUCCGCAUGUUCUACUCCCGCCGCGACCCCAAGCUCAUCCUUGACAGGAAGCAAGGGAGCACAAGGCACUCCUUCAGUGGCUUUCCUGGAAGAGGGCACUUGAGAAAGAAGUCUAGGGACUUUGAGGAAACAGAUGAAGACAGGGAUAACACGGAGGAAUGCAGUACCACGAAACCAACUGUCAAAAGACUCAUGGGGGGUGAGCUUGGCAAGCCAAAACAUUCGAAGAAGAUCCCAAACGAUGAGGUUCAAAGGAUAUUGGCUGACCUGGGACAUGAUGUCUGUCUGGACAAAAGAACAACACCGAACAGCAAACCAAAGGGAGUCACAGAUCCCAGCGCAGACAUAGGCAUUGCUUCCUCCUCUGAGUGCCUGGAUCCCAGUGGUUCAAAAUGCAUGGAACAGGUGGAAGAAGAUGGCCUUGAGCUUGCUUUGUCAGAUUUCCUGGGACAAGUCUAUAAGUACCACGAUGAAGGGCCGCAUGAUGAUUGCAGGAAUAAGAGUGAACUAUACCCUGAAUUAGAGUCCAUUAUCCAUACAAAGCUUAAUGAGUAUAACAAUCCUCCCUGUGACCUUGCUUAUGAGAAAACUCCGGUGAGCGAGGAAAAGCAGCUUGUUGACAACAAACAUAUUUGCAACAGACAUGUAGGGGCCAGGUUAGAGCCCAAAAAAAUGCUUGAAAAAACUAACAUUGUUGAAGAUACAAAGGCUUCAAAUCAGCGUGAGUUGACUAUCAAAACAAAGAAUAAAGAGAGCAGAAAUAUAUUUUUCUGGAAGAAAGAUAAACCAAGCAGAACACAUGCAUCAGAGGGAAGGUCUUCUCAGCCAGUUAACAAAAUAGUAAUACUCAAGCCGAAUCCAAGGAGAGGCUUUGAUCCUACAGUAGCAACUGCAUCGACAUACUUACAUCAGCAAUCAGGUGGAAUUCAAGCUCCAGAAUACAGUGCAGCUGAAUGUUCAACAUUUUCAGUUAAGGAAGUCAGGAGAAGAUUCAGAAUCGUGACCGGAGAAACUAGAAAAGGAAGACCCCCAAUGAACGAAGAUGAUGUACAAAGAGAUCCGUGUUUGCUCAGAGAUUCAUUUACAAUUAUAAAGGAUUCCAGACAGGCCCCUCCAGCUACUGAUAAAAAUGAUGUUCGACCUUCAAACAGCAGCAAACACAAGCAAAUAAAUCAUUCACUAGGUGGUUUCAACAGAGACGUAUCCAAGUCAAAGGAUGCAUCCACCUUCUACGCAGAAGCCAAAAAACAUUUAACAGAAAUUCUGAAGGACAAUAGUCAUACUGGCCAGUAUCCAAGUCCAGCAGUUCAGGUCUCAAGGUCCUUGGUAGGAAUGCUUUCCCUCCCUCAAUGCAGUACCCCAUCAUCACCUGGGAAUACCCCAAGGGUAAGAGAAUGUAUUGAACAUUCACAGGAAGAGAAAAAUAUUUGUGCCAUACACAAGGCUGAGGGGGAAGAAUCUGCAGAAGAAGGAAAUAAAACAGAGGGAGAUUCAGGGAGUGCUGAAUGUGGUCCUAAUGAAGCAACAGUUGAACAAGCGGAUCAAGAAAGAUAUUAUUACAAGGAAGAAGACACACAACAAGACGUUGAACUUGAUAUUGGUUGUAUUGAAGAAACUGACAAUCUGGAUCACUCGCAAGCAAUUCGGAAUGCGCAAUGCAUUCCAGCAGAGCAACACAAAUAUUACCCACCCCCAGAAACGACAGAAGCAGCAGAACCAGGUAAAGAGCAUGCUGAGAUUUGUCCAGGUUCCCCUGAGAAUGUUGUCGAGAUGCUAGAGCACCAAGAGCCAGAAACUCCCAGACGAAGCGCGUCAUUUGGACCAACAUCACAAGAGGAAAACCAUGAAAAGCAAGAGCAACCCAGUCCUGUGUCUAUUCUUGAUCCAUUCUUCCAUGAAGAUGUCGAAAGCCCUGAAAAUAAGAGCCCAAUACAAUGUGAGUUGCGCCAAGAUGUCUCGAGUCCCCACCAGUACUACCAAGAUGAUGGAUCAGACCCAGAGGAGAUCUUCUGGGAGGACAAGGAUGUCAGGUUAGGUUACAUAGAAACAGUACUGGAGCUAUCAGAACUAUGCACAGACCAGAACUUAGAUGUAUGGUAUCUAGAAGAUGAAUUGAUCAGCACCGGCCUGUUUGAAGAACUGCAUCAGGGCAAUCAUCAAACUGAUGAUUUCAUGCUCUUCUUUGACUGCAUCUGUGAAGCUAUAACAGCAAUUCAGGGGAAACACUUUGGAAACCCCCAUUGCUUAUCCUUUGUCAGACAAAACAUACAGGCACCUCCAAUGGGACAGAACCUCAUCUCAGAAAUAAAUAAGCACAUUGAGGGCCAUCUCUGUUAUGAAUUUCCAAGCACAUUGAACCUGCUAGUUAGUGUGGAUCUGGAAGAGGGAACAUGGAUGAAUCUCCGAUCGGAAAGUGAGGAGACUGUUGUGGAUAUAUGGGAAUUCUUGCUGGAUGAACUGCUAGAAGAUGUCGCUUAUGGCUUGUGGAUACAGUCUAUCAGGGCGAUCAACUCAGAGCAUUUGUGUGCUUGCUAAUUUGAGUAUUAGAUACGUAGCUUUUAACAUGUUUGGGAGGGCAGAGCCAGUGAGGUUUUUUCCCCCUCUUGUGAAGAAAGCUUGAUAGUGUGCAGCUGACGAUUACGAUGUUGUUCUUGUGCCUUGUGUGGUGUGUGCAUAUGUGAUUUGUGUAACUUGUAGUGUGAGUUAGUUGUGCAAAAUACUGUCAAAGUGACACCCAUUUCAGUGAAGUUCAGAGUGAUCCAUAAUCA